UUAGCUGAAUUCUUGGUAAUGUAAGCAUGGGAAAUGGAAUUUUAUUUAUCUAAGUUUUGAUGAAGAAGAAGCCAAGUACUUCAAACUAACCCUGCCUUCAUUUUUUGUCUCUCUGGCUUCUUCCCAACACAAGCCAAACUAACAUGCUUGUUUGUUGCAAAGAGUCAUAACCAUAGAUCCAUACAACAAAGUAAGAGAGCUUCUAUUACCAUGGAAGAAGCCAGUGCUAGUGGAAACCAUAGUUAUAGUGGAUCACCAAUAACCAACAUAGCACAGGACCACCUCUUAACUAUUCUUCUCCUCCUCCCCAUAGAUGCAAUUUUCUCACUUUCCAUGACCUGUAAGAGGCUCAGAGCUAUAACUUCCUCUGAUACCCUUUGGAAAUAUCUUUGCAAAAGGGACUUAGGUUCUUCAUGUGUUGAUGCACUCAUCAAUUCUAAUUCUUCUUCUUCUUCUUCCUCUUCCAUUCACAACAAUAACCAUCAUAACAACCACCAUCAGUUUUCAUGGAUGAGGCUCUACAAGCAAGUCUACAAGAUGGAUUCUGUUACUUGCCAUAGAUUUUCUGAGCCACAACAUGGUCAAUUGGAUUUUCCAAGUGCUAGAGCCUCUCACUCUCUCAACUUUGUAUCCAAUUGUUUAGUUUUGUUUGGUGGUGGAUGUGAGGGAGGACGACAUCUAGAUGACACAUGGGUGGCAUAUAUUGGUAACGAUUUCCGGAGUAUGCUGAGAUGGCAAGCAGUGAAUUCAACAAGUCCAAGUGGGAGAUUUGGUCAUACAUGUGUGGAAAUGGGUGAUUUCCUUGUUCUCUUUGGAGGAAUCAAUGACCGUGGCAACCGGCAAAAUGAUACAUGGGUGGGGCAAGUUACAUACAAUGAGAACCAUAGUGUUGCAUUCUCCUGGAAGAUGCUUGAUGUUGGAGCAGUUGCUCCACCACCAAGAGGGGCUCAUGCUGCUUGUAGUAUAGAUGACAAGAGAAUGCUAAUCCAUGGUGGAAUUGGCCUUCAUGGCCUCCGGUUGGGUGACACAUGGGUCUUGGAGUUCUCAGAUAGCCGCUGCUUUGGCACAUGGCAUCAGAUUGUAGCUCAACCAUCGCCUGCACCUCGAUCCGGCCACACACUGACUUGCAUUGGACAAAGUAGGACAAUUCUGUUUGGUGGCAGAGGCCUAGGCUAUGAGGUUCUUGGUGAUGUAUGGAUGUUGGAUACAUGCCAAGGAUAUCUAAAGUGGGUUCCAAUACUAUAUGAUCUGCAGGGCAUACCACAUAGUGUUUCGCUUCCGCGAGUUGGACACACAGCUACCAUGGUUUUGGGGGGUAGGUUGCUAAUCUAUGGAGGAGAAGACUCAUACAGACACAGAAAAAAUGAUUUCUGGGUUUUGGAUGUAAGUGCUAUUCCUUGCACAAGUAUGCAGCAUUCUACAAUGAGCUCAUCUAAGAGAGUUAAAGACAAAAAUAUGUGGAAAAGGUGGAGGUCAAGCGGGUAUGAACCCUUGUGUAGAUCAUUUCACCGUGCUUGCGUAGAUCAUUCGGGGCGUUUUCUGUAUGUGUUCGGUGGAAUGGUGGAUGGUUUUCUUCAGCCUGCUGAACCCUCUGGACUCAGGUUUGAUAGAGAACUCUUUCUUGUGGAGCUUGUGCUUCAACUUAGGGACUAGGGAUGCAAUGUGUAUAUGGUGUAAUCUUAUGUGCAGUAGUAUCUACCAGUUACAUGCCAUAAGCUUAUGACACUGCUGGUGUUAUUGUAUCAGAGAUUGUAAAUAACAGCUCCGUUGCUCAGCCAGUGUCAAAAGUAUUCUGUGAAUUGUAACUACUAAUUAAGGAAGUAAUGGUGUGAAUAAAGAUUAGAAGAACUUAAAAAGGUGUAUGAUGAUUAACUUUAUUUCAAGUGUAAA